GGGAGUGGUAGCUGCCUGGCAGAGGGCACAGAGGGGAGGACGGGAGCGGCGCCCCGCGGGGUCUCGGCCCCCUGGCUGGCGGAGGCGGGAUGCGGUGCUGGCCGCGCCCGGGGCGCUGGCACUGAGCGGCGGGCGCUGGGCUGCAGCCGGGCAGUCCCGGUGCCGGCAGGAUGGGCUGCGGGGGGAGCCGAGCCGAUGCCAUCGAGCCGCGCUACUACGAGAGCUGGACCCGCGAGACCGAGUCCACCUGGCUAACGAACACCGACACCGAGCCCCCGCCGCCGGCCUGCGGCCACGAGAGCGCCCGCGCCGAGGCCGGACUGCGGGACCAGGGCGCGCCGCACCCGGGUAUGCUGGAGGAUGAAAAAUCAACUCAGACCUGUGUUACCAUGUCCUCGACUGCAAGUGGAAUAAUUAACACUGAGAAGAAAACUAGCUGUGGCACUCAAUCCACAAAACCCACGGUCCAUGCCUCUGGAACUAUGACACAGAAACACAAUGGCUUCAGAACAGCAGAGGCUAAAUGGGACACCAAGAAAAUGCCCACAAAAGAAGUCACCAUUAAUGUUACAAAAAGCAUCAGACAAAUUGACAGCGACAGAAGAAUCACAAAGAAUUGUGUCAAUUAAAGGAGUAAAGCAAAAGCGAAGAUGGACCUAACAAUACUUUGCUGCACUUUAACUGUGACUGAUCACUUAAGAUUUGAAGAUCUCAAGAUGUUCUGUGUUGAAUGCAAUGGGCAGCGGCUGCUGAGUGCCUUGAGAAACGUUGUUUUAACUAGCAGUAAAUAGCUGCAAACACUGUUGGAUGUUCAGACAUGUAUUUAUCUAUUGCAAUGGCACUGUACAAAAAUAUAACAAAAUAUGUGCCAUUUUCUCUCCAAGUCCUGUGCUAUCUAAUUGUAGAUUUUCUAUGCUGCAUUGCUGUUAGGGAUUGGACAAUUAGAGCUGCAGUUCAUCUCACUUUAAAACAGAGAAAGAAUAAUUGAUCUGUGUUAUUAGUAAGUAGCCUGAAAUGUGUUAUCUUCUGUUUUAUAAAGUUAAAGAUCUGACUUUCAUAAAAACUCAAAUCCAGAUAUCUCAGAAGUAAAGAAACACAAAUGGCUUCCAAUUUUAAACUAUAUAUGUGAUCCAUGAGUCAUAUUGUCUUCUGGUUAAAUUACCUUGUUUCAAGUUAGUUUCUAUAUCAGAAGAGUUUAGGUUUUGAAAGCAAUAAUACUCAUGUUGUUACCAGUCUAAUGAACCCGAAGUAUCCAGUUUUAGCUCACAGGUAGUGUUCAGUUUACAUUCUGUCUUGGCUCUUUCUCAAUUCUCCCUUCAGAAACACCAAACUGAGAACUGUAUUACAAGAUUUUGUAAGACACCCUUCACUUUCCAACUUUAUAUAUAAAUAAGCAGAUUUCCCCAAAUAAUUUCAUAAUGAUGACAACUGCAAGAAGAUGAUCUUUAUUUGAUAAUUAAAUUUAAUUGAUUUGGCUAUAUAUUCUUGUUCUUUCAAUAUAUAGAAAAUGGGCAGAACAUACAUUUUAAUUGCAUUAUAUCCUGUGUCACUGUACUGUACAUUUAGCAUAAGUAUAUUCACAAGAAAUCAAUGUAAACUUUUGUACAGACCACUAAUUAAUACAAGACCCUCUUAACAACAAAGUAAUGAGUUUGAUAUAAACCCACUGUGGUUUUGACUUUGGACUUUUAUGGAGAUAAGAGCAGUAAAAUCAUGUUACUCACUCAUUAUACACCUAUGAGCAUCCUUGAGGUGUCAUUUACAAUAACUAUUCAGCAGCCAUUAAUGCUGAUGACUUAUAAUAGGUGGAGGUGGGUAGUAACUGAUCAAUGUCUGAGCUGCAUGAGGUACUUUUUUUUAUAGCUAGGCAAACACAACCAUAAAUAGAUUCCUGGAACAGCAUCCUAAUUUAUUCCACAUGAGAGUCUUUUAAGAAGUCAACAUCAGGUUUAUGAGUAUUUAUUACUUUACUUGGAACACAGCAAGUAUAUGCAGUAAAGAAUUGUUUAAAUGA